UCAGCUCUAGCACAUGAGGACAAACACACACACAAACCCAAACCGUCACACACCGUUCAGAUAUUCAUAGAUAGUUCUGGAAUUCCUAGUUUUAAUUACAAAAUAGUCAUAUAUUCACAUUAAGUAAAGCAUUAACAAAGCAGCCAAUAUGUCGGACUGGGAUACGGUAACCGUUUUGAGAAAAAAGGCCCCGAAGUCUAGCCAACUGAAGACCGAAUCAGCUGUUAAUCAAGCACGCCGCCAAGGUGUUGCAGUUGAUACUCAGCAAAAAUAUGGUGCUGGCACCAACAAGCAGCAUGUGACCACCAAGAACACUGCCAAGCUGGAUCGUGAGACUGAAGAAUUGCGGCAUGACAAGAUACCGCUCGAUGUGGGCAAAAUCAUUCAGCAGGGACGCCAGAACAAGGGUCUAAGCCAAAAGGAUUUGGCCACUAAAAUCUGCGAGAAGCAGCAAGUUGUCACUGACUAUGAAGCCGGUCGUGGUAUUCCAAACAACUUGAUACUGGGCAAGAUGGAGCGUGUGCUUGGCAUAAAAUUACGUGGCAAGGAGCGCGGCCAACCAAUAGCGCCUCCCGGUAAAAAGUGAGAUGAUGCUGCGGCGUCCACUGCCACAGCGACAUCAGCUCCAACUCCCAGACAACAGCAUGCCAGACAACAACAAAAUGAGGCAGGUUGGAGCACUGUGAGCGGCAGACGCAAAUGAAGCACUAUCGGGAGGCUGUAAAACCAAAAC